AUGCCUUGCGAGCGCUGCGUCGAGCGCGGCUUGCCGUGCACGUACAUCCCCGUGGCCGUCGACGAGCAGUACAGGAUCUCGACGUCGACGCGAAGCAGACGCGGAAGCCUACAGGAAGCAUCCAGCGGUUCAGACACGGCCGGAGAUACCCCACAAAUCAUCACAGCCCCACUCCCAGAACUCUCGUUACAUUCCCCGUUCGAUUCGCCGCUACCAAGCCUUCCCGGCUUCGAUGUUUUCUUGCGUGGUUCGCGUGGGACGCAUGCAGGGCUGGGUCGGGAGAUGUUCUGGGAGGACGAUAUCGCCAAUAGGGAUUUGUUUGACGGGAGGAUGGUGGGAGUAAGGGAGGAUUACAAGAUCGUGAAAACCGAGCCACCGUUGAACGCUCUCGGUCUCAGCGGAUGGGAUGAGUGGAUGUAG